AUGCUUGAAGAGAUCAGGGUGAAGAUGAUGAUAAGAAUAGCACAAAUGAGGGAUUUCUGUAAUACUUGGAUCAGUGACAUUUCUCCAAUGGCACUGAAGGUGUUGCAGGAGAACACAUCAAAAUCAAUAAAAUGUGUGGUGCACUGGAAUAGUCAAUAUAAUUAUGAAGUGAAGGAAGGACACACCAGUAAGCAUAUAGUAAAUCUGAACAAGCUAACCUGCACUUGUAGAGCUUGGAUGCUGAAGGGUAUACCAUGUGCUCAUGUUGUAGCUGCUAUCCAUUUCAAGAAAUUGGAGCCAGUUAACUACAUUGCAUAUUGGUACCAUAGGGAGACUUAUAUGAAGACCUACAUUCACUUUCUUCAGCAUGUACAAAAUAUGGAGAUGUGGCCACAAUCACAACACCCUUCAGUUAUACCACCAGAAGUAAGAGUAAUGCUUGGCAGGCCCAAGAAAGUGAGAAGGAAGGAACCAACUGAAAACAAAAUCGGAAAGCUUUCCAAAAGAGGUACUCAAAUAACCUACAACAACUGUCAUGCUAAAGGCCAUAACAAGAAAGGUUGUCAGAAGGCUACACAAGGUACUGCAAGAUCAGCUGGUGGUGCAAAGUCAUCAAGUGAUAUUGCUACUGGUAUAGGAAGAGGGACACCCUAUAAAAGGCCAAGAAUGGUUGCCUGGAUGUCAACUGUGCCUAUAAACUCUGCAGUAGUGACUGGAGAUAUUGGACACAAAUCAAGAACAGGGGUGAAAUGGAAAGGGAAAGAAGCUAUCACCUUAAGGAAUCUUCAACAUAUUCAAGCUAAGAAAAGAAUGUAG